GUCGAGAGUCCACGAGGGCCAGACCUCAAGGCUACCGCCCGAGGGCCCGAGUAAGAAAUGAUGCCGCAAUACCGUCUAUCUCAGGCUCAUCAGCCUCUGCGGAUUGCCUCAAUCGUACGGUCUAGAGCCUGCCUAUCGCCGAGCUUUUCCCUCGCUCACCAGACCACUCGACACCCUGGCGUCCUACCUCGGCGACGAUGGAAGUCGACUAAAUCUAAUAAUCCACGAUUCCCCAUCAAAGACUACAAGCCACAUGUGGUAAAGCCAAAGGUUCAAGAGCCACCAGAUGUAUCCAAGCAACCCCCAGCUCCGGGCCCAAGGCGAGGUGGGCUCCCGAUCCCAUACUACUUGGCCCUUCCAGCCACCUUCAUAGCGGUAGCUGUCGCCAUCAUCUACUUCAGAGGCUCUGGAGAUGACGCCCUCUCAUCUCCAUAUGCUACCCGCGAGGUGAUGCUGCAGGCCGCCAGCGAGAUCGCAGGCCUGAUCGGCGUUGAUAACGUGACCUACGACGAGGACGUGCUCGAUCACCACGGGCACUCCGAGUGGAGUACAUCCAACACCCCUGUGCGGGCUGUUGCGGUCGUCUAUCCGCGGUCAACCGACGACGUCGUCGCCAUUGCCAAGACAUGUAGCUCCCGGCGCGUGCCGAUGGUACCGUAUGGAGCCGGAUCGUCUGUCGAGGGCAACUUCUCGCAGCCAUAUUCCGGUAUUUGCAUAGACUUUGCGCACAUGGACCAGGUUGUUGCGUUCAGGCCGGACGACAUGGAUGUUACCGUGCAGCCAGGCGUCAACUGGAUGGAUUUGAACAACAAGAUUGCAGAGUCGGGUCUGUUCUUUCCCAUGGAUCCAUCGCCGACGGCAACUUUCGGUGGUAUGGUGUCGACCAACUGCAGCGGGACGAAUGCUAUGCGGUACGGAACGAUGAAGGACUGGGUGGUAAACCUAACUGUCGUUUUGCCGGAUGGGAGCGUAGUCAAGACGAGGCGGCGCCCUCGCAAGACGUCCGCAGGCUACAAUCUCACCUCGCUGUUUGUUGGUGCAGAGGGGACGCUAGGGAUAGUGACUGAGAUUACGCUGAAGCUCGCCCCAAUCCCAGCCGACACUUCUGUGGCGGUGGUUUCUUUCCCUACCAUUACCGAUGCAGCGAGGGCAGCAACCUCGCUGAUCCGAUCUGGAAUCCCGCUCGCCGCCCUCGAGGUUAUGGAUGAUGUUCAGAUGCAGAUUCUCAACAACCAGGGCAGCGAGACCGUCCGGAAGAGGAAAUGGGAGGAGAAGCCGACGCUGUUCAUCAAGUACUCGGGGACGACAGACGGGAUCAAGAGCGACGUCAAGCGCUCGACCGAGAUCAUCAAGAGUGUGGCCGGCAACGUCCCGUUCCACUUUGCAAAGACGAAGCAGGAUGAGCAUGAUCUCUGGUCGGCACGCAAGGAGGCAUUGUUCACGAUGGUCAGCAACCGGCCCGAGGGGACAGAAGUAUGGUCCACUGACGUGGCAGUCCCGCUGUCACGGCUGGCUGAGAUUAUCGAGAUAUCGAAGAAAGAAUGCGGGUCGCUCGGAAUAUUCGCCAGUGUGAUAGGCCACAUAGGCGAUGGUAACUUCCACGUGGCCAUGAUGUAUGACCCCAAGGAUGAGAACAUGACGAAGAGAGUUAGUCAUGUGGUCCAUGACAUGAUGAGCCGCGCAUUGGAAAUGGAGGGAACAGUCUCGGGGGAGCAUGCGAUCGGUAUCGGAAAGAAGCAGUGUCUGUUGGAUGAGUUGGGAGACGGUACUAUCGGGCUGAUGCAAACGCUCAAGAGGUCUGUUGAUCCAAUGUGGAUAAUGAACCCAGGCAAGGUCUUUGACAUGCCCAAAAACCAGAAGGAAGUUUGAGCACACAGCAUGCUUACAUAUAGUUCGGAUGGGAUGGGGUCACAAACAUGCCUAGGCGGGAUAAGGACGAUGGGCAAUGCCACUUUGUCAAGAAUCUUGGAGGGUGAAUAUUAUGAGUGGUUGCAAUUGGCAACAGGCCAAAAG